GAUGAACAUCGAGGUUGGGAACGUUUCUUACACGGGCGCCAUCAUCUCCUGGUCGUCCUCGGAGCCCUGUCUGGAGGACUAUUACCAUAUUAUGUACAGACCCAACUGGAACAGCAUCUUCUCCGGCUAUCUCCGCUACAGCUUCCACCACGAGGAGAAGGUGCCUCGGACCAUCAGCUCCGUGGUGCUGGAACAUCUCGCCCCUUCCACUCUCUACUUCCUCUGCAUCAGUUGUAAGAAGGCUGCCUUCCCCUACAGGCACUACUGCACCAUGUUCCACACCUUGGAUAAGAGUCCACUGGCUGCGGGCAGCUCCCUGGUGGAUCCCCAAAUCUCCCUUUGGGUGUUGAUGGCCAUCCUGCUGGCCUGCUUCACAGCUGUGUUGGCCUUCAUCUGCCUCCAGUUCUGGUGCAUCCGUUGCCAUGAGCCUCGAUGGUCUUACAGAGCUGGCCACAUGGAGGAAGCCAAUGGGCUAGUGAGAUGGCCGGAGGAGGCCCCGGCCCUUGGUCAGAGGGAGGAAGACCUGCAGGGGCUCCCCCUGGUGGAACUGCCACGCAAGGACUCUGGAGCAGGAGCUGGAGCAGAACCGGAAGCCCAGCAGGAUGGCCCUGAUGAGGAAGCCAGGGAGGGAGGUGAUCAACCCGCCAUAGUGCCUCACUUCAGGGAGUGAGAGGCGGGGAGGAGAUGGCCCUCAUCAUACAGCCUAAUGCCCCCCGACAGUAGGUCUUUUGUAAAAAUGUGCCUAUAGACUCCCCAUAUCUCUUCCCUUAAAUGUCAGUGCCAUUGUAAGAUCCCCUGGGUUGGGUGAUGCCUGAUGAUGAAAUCUCUCA